CACUACUGUCCGUUGGAACCAAACAGUCCCUCUCUCUCUCUCUCUCUCUCUCCUUCUCUCACAGUAUCUCUCUCUCUCUCAGAGUCCGUUCUUCUUGAUCAUCUCUUUCACUCUCACUGGACUGAAACCAGAAAAACUCUCUCUCUCUCUCUCUCUCUCUCUCUAUCUUUCUCUCCGUAUCAUGAGCAUGAGAGUGGGGAUCAUUGCAUACCACCAAAGCCGGUUAUGAAUUCCACCAUCGAACCACCACCGCAGCCGCCGCCAUUGCUACCGCCAUUACCGCCGCAGCCCCACCAACCUUCUACCUCCUGCGCCCGCCACCCCGACGAGCACUUCACCGGCUUCUGCCCCUCAUGCCUCUGCGAGCGCCUCGCUGUGCUCGAUCACUCCUCUUCCGCUUCCUCUUCCUCCUCCAGAAAACCUCCCACCACCUCCACCGCGGCCGCCGCUCUUAAAGCCAUCUUCAAGCCCCCCACCGGUGCUGGAGGGGGAGGACCCAACAGAGCGGCUUCAUUUUUCCCCGAGCUCCGGCGGACGAAGUCGUUUUCGGCCACGAAGAACAACGAGGGCUAUUUCUCCGGCGUUUUCGAGCCCCAAAGGAAGUCGUGCGACGUUAGGGUUCGCAACACCUUGUGGACACUCUUCUCCCAAGACGACGAGCGGAAUCCGGCCAAGAAAGAGGCUUCUUCGUCGUCGAUUCUCGAGCCCGAAACUGGGAGAAAUAUCGGAGCAUCGAGCGUUCAAGGUCCGGUAUUGGAGUCCAAAGAGGAGGAGGAGAGCGAGGACGAAGGUGAGAACGGGGAAGACGAGGAGGAAAUUAGGGUUUCGGAGGAGGUGAGUAAUGUGAUUGAAGAUAGAGUUCAAGAAAUUGUUGAGGAAGAAGAAGAAGAAGAAGAAGAAGAAGCAGAAGAAGAAGAAAAAGAAGAAGAAGAAAAGGAGGAGGAAAGAGAGGAGAGGAAAAAGCAGGUUGAAGAGUUAUUGGAGUUGAAGAUGAAGGACCACAUAGAUCUCGAUUCGCAGACGAAGAAGCGAGAUUUGAAGGAGAUCGCCGGGAGCUUCUGGUCGGCGGCUUCGGUUUUCAGCAAGAAAUUGCAGAAAUGGAGGCAAAAGCAGAAGAUGAAGAAGCGCCAAAACGGGGGCGUUUCGGCCACAUUGCCGGUGGAGAAGCCAAUCGGGAGACAGUUCAGGGAAACGCAGUCGGAGAUCGCCGACUACGGCUUCGGCCGCCGAUCCUGCGACACGGACCCGAGAUUCUCUCUCGACGCCGGCCGAAUGUCGCUCGACGCUGGCCGGAUAUCGUUCGACGACCCGCGGUACUCCUUCGACGAGCCACGGGCCUCCUGGGACGGCUACUUGAUCGGCAGAACCUUCCCGAGAAUGCCCACGAUGGUCUCCGUCGUUGAAGACGCUCCGGUCGUCCCCGUCUCGAGGUCCGACACGCAAAUCCCCGUCGAGGACCCGAUGAAUUCGAUUAACGAGGAUGAAACCGUCCCCGGUGGGUCAGCGCAGACCCGGGAUUACUACUCAGACUCGUCGUCUAGGCGGCGCCGCAGCCUCGAUCGGUCGAAUUCGAUUCGGAAGACAGCGCAGGCCGUGGUCGCCGAGAUUGACGAAAUGAAGUCUGCUUCGAACGCGAAAGUGUCUCCGGCGAUCGGAGAUUACUUACCGGGGAGGGAUUCGAACUCGAAUUCGCUUAGGGACGACUACUCAGAGAAUUUUGAGGACAAAGGGGCCAAGAAAUCGAAGCGAUGGAGCAAAGCGUGGAGCAUUUGGGGGUUCAUUCACAGGAGAGGAGGGAACAAGGAUGAAGAAGACGAUAGGUAUAGCAGCAGACCAAAUGGCGUCGAGAGGUCGUUGUCUGAGACAUUUUCGGAGCGAAAUGGCGACAACCGAGGAGGCUUCAAUUUCAAUCCGAAGGUGGUCCGGAGCAACAGCAGUGUCAGCUGGAGGAAUGGUGGGGUCUCCUUUGGGAGCAUGAGGAAGAGCAAUGCAGAGAGUAAUGGGCAUGUGAAGAGGAAGAAAGAAGAGUUGGGGUUGGAGCGGAAUCGAAGUGCUCGGUAUUCGCCGAACAACGGCGAAAAUGGGCUGCUGAGAUUCUACUUGACGCCGAUGAGAAGUAGCCGGAGAGGUGGUAAUGGGAAGAGUAGGUACAACCAGGCACAUUCCAUAGCCAGAAGCGUACUGCGACUGUACUGAUCAUGAAUGAGAGAGUACUUUCUAUUACUAUUGCUGCUGCUGCUGCAACUACUAAACCUGAAUUAAGGUCCAUAAGUUGUUUUCUUUUGGGGGUUAUUAUCAUCAUUAUUAUUAUAAAUUAAUGUUGUUAAUUUUGCUGCUUUUCUUCUUUUCCUUUGUUGUUGUGUAAAACCACACAUGCCUUUGUAUUCUUCUUGGUUGGUUGGAUUAUUAAAAACAAAACAAAAAAAAAAAAAA